CUCAAACGUUCCGUUCCCCUUAAGGGUGUUGACACUGUAUUUGCCAGCUCUUUCAUAGAUGGCGCGAUAGCGCACUUUCUUUUCUUAUGCCAUGGGAGGCCCCAGAACCCUCAGACCUGUUUCAGCUCCGGAAUAGUUAAGAUGUCAAUUGAUCCUAACGAGGCCAGAGGCGGGAGUGGCAGGCGUAGAAGACAGUCUGCCGUCCCGUCCUUGGACCCGCGCGUUCAUAACUUUGUAGAUUUAAUUGACGUAGAACAAGUUGGUGAAGUUAGCCAAGAUGAUGAAGUGUCAGUGCCAAGUGAGUCGUCGGCGGAACGCCGAGCCUAUGCAGAGAUCGAGAGGAUGCGGCAGCAACGGGAAUUUGAGAGGCAGCAACGUGACAGGGAGAGGCAGGAAGAAACGGAGCGACGUCGACGGGAGAGGCAAGAACGCCACCAGCAGCGGGAUCGCGAGGGUCGCCUUCGACGAGAGCAAGAGGCCGGUCGUCGUUCGAGGGAAGAACGUCGCAACCGCGAUGCACGCCCCAGAUCCAGGUCCCCGCACCGCUCCAGACCGUCCCAGACGCCCGUAGUUCCGGCGCCUCCCGCCACGAGAAAUGCACUUCCACCGUCGCCGCCGCCGUCGGCCGGGACAUCGGAAAGAUCUCAGCAUCCAAGAAAGGUCCUGGUCUCGAAAGAAGAUUCGAGAAACCUCGCCGACUGGCUGAACAAGAGCGUCACGCCAGCCGAACUGAAGGGUUUUGCAGACAAAUACCCGAUUGAAUUCGAAAAGAAAGAAUUCAGCCUGGCUCCUCCACGUCUGGACGACUGGAUGACCAGGCGACUAAAAGAGUCCGCCGCCCACAAACCAGCCGAAGCGGCAGAGAAAACGUGGCUUUCGGUACAGCUUAAGGUCCUGGACAUAGCAGGACCGCUUGUCUAUCUCCACCAGCUGACGAAGCAGGGUCGCCCGCUGGACAUGGAAGAGGUGUCCGAAAACGUUAAAGUGGCGCUGGAGCUAACAGCCGCAGCGUCCUACGACAUCAACCGUAGAAGACGCCGGAACAUCCUCAACCAUACCGACCCUCGCUCCGACUACUUGCUGGAGGACCCCAAAUCCUUUUCAAGCAAGCAAACAGUUUCGUCACUGUUUGGCAAACGCUUCCUCGAAGCCAUGUUGAAAGAAGCGGACCAAGACGAAAAACUAAGCCGUCGUGGUCCACCAGGCCCAGCCCCCAAAACAGCUGGAGGACCGGUAACACGAUCAAAAUCCGGCAGAGGAGGCAGAGGGCAAUUUCCAUUCGACAACGAUCGAGGCGGCGGACGUGGGAGAAGCCCAGGGCGACUACCAUCCACUGGCAGAGAAAAGUCAGCUUCUUCUAUCCGCCUGGAUGUUAUCAGGACAAGCCUGUCAGACCAAGGCCUUCCGUCAAAAGUGGUCGACCUUUUGCUGGCAGGAAGCCGUCCAGCCACGAAUACUGCAUACCAGGCCGCCUGGCACUCUUGGUCAGAUUGGUGUGCUGAACAGCAUACCAAUCCCAUGUCUAGCACUUUGAGCUCGGUCCUCUCGUACCUGACUCAUCUUUUUGAGAUGGGUAAGUCAUACAGCACAAUUAAUCUUCACAGAUCAAUGCUGUCGAUGACCUUAGGGCCAAUCGACCACUUCCAAGUAGGUUCACAUCCGCUAGUAGUCAAAUUAUUAAGAGCCACCUAUAAUUUAAACCCUCCUAAACCUAAAUAUAGCUUUACAUGGGACCCUAAUGUCGUGUUAGAUUUCGCCAAGGCGGAUGGUGAGAACGAAUCACUCCGCCUCAAUAGGUUGUCGGCCAAACUGACCACGUUAAUAGCGCUUACUUCCCUGCUGCGCGUAUCCGAAAUCGCGGCAAUCGAGAGGAGCUCCGUUCGAUUCGACGAUGGAGCCGCAACUCUUUUUUUGUCGAAGCCAAGAAAGUCCCAGCACCAAGGCCCGCUUUCCUCAAUCAAGAUCCCUCGAUGCCCGGACAAAAUAGUUUGCCCGGUAGACUGCCUAGGGUUUUACAUUUACGUCACAGACCCCAUCAGACCGGCCGGCAACGUAGACAGGCUAUUGAUUAGCAACAUCGCCCCAUAUCGCCCGGUCUCGGCAUCUACAGUAGCGAGGUGGAUUAAAUCUUACAUGGAGAGGGCCGGAGUGGACACACAAACCUUCUCUGCGCAUUCAACGAGAGGUGCAGCGGCCUCAAAGGCAGUCGCUUCAGGAGUGCCAAUUGAAUCCGUUCUUACGGCUGCCCAGUGGUCAAGAGAAUCUACCUUCGCUAGAUUUUAUCAUAGACCCAUUGCCCCAUCUGAAAUCGCUUUUCAAGAUAACGUCAGCAGCGAACAGCUUUAAAAUCACCCUUAAGGGGAACGGAACGUUUGAGUGCAAUUAUUGGUUGCUCGAGGGAUGGCUCGGCCAUCCCGAUGGGCAACCUGAAUUGCACGAAAGUAAGAGAAGAGAACCCUUAAGGGUCUCUAUUUCCCGCCCUCUCCACCCGUAUAUUUUUCCGUUCAUCUGUCUUAUUCUGCUCGGUUUGUUAAUUGGCCCCUCCCUUUUAUCUCCUUUUUACAGAGGAGGAAGAAGCCGUGGCAGAGGAAGACGUGGCCGAGGAGGCCAGCAUUCCGCCAAUCAUUAGAAGACGCGGAGAUUGCGGAACGCUCCACCUAACUU